AAUGAUUUUGAUGGCAGGAGGUAACGUACACAUGUUUUUCAGAGAAGGUGCUGCAGGAGGACUAGCCAGCGGGCAGGAGGAGGUUUGUGCCGAGGGCUGUCAUUUGCUAAGCGUGGAAGCCUUCUGGUCCCGGGAGCCCAUCGCCGCCGCCUCUGAUGCUCUCCCUCCCAACGAAAAUAUGAAGAAGCCAUGGAGCCCCGAUUUACCAGUUGAUAACCAGUCAUACAAUUCAGAUUUCUCAUCUAUCCCAGACAGGGAAGGUGAGAAAGAUUUAGCACCUGAGGGCACCGAAGAAAAGAAGGAGAGAGAAAAGAAACACACCAAUUUCACUUUGUGUAGUGUUUGUAACAUUCAGCUGAACUCUGCUGCUCAGGCACAAAUCCACUACAAUGGCAAAUCCCAUCAGAAGAGGUUAAAACAGCUAAGCAAUGGAAAUCUCAAAAGUGAUAAUGGUGGCACAUGCCAGAGCCCUGCUCUUCCAGCCCUAGUGCGUCCUCCUGCACCACCUUUGCAGCCAUCGCUGGAUAUUAAACCGUUUCUUCCAUUUCCUCUGGACACUGCUGCAGCAGUCAAUCUCUUCCCCAACUUCAAUGCAAUGGACCCAAUUCAAAAAGCUGUAAUAAAUCAUACAUUUGGAGUUCCUCUUCCUCAUCGAAGAAAGCAAAUCAUAUCAUGCAACAUUUGCCAGCUGAGAUUUAAUUCUGAUAGCCAGGCUGCGGCCCACUACAAAGGCACUAAACAUGCCAAGAAGCUCAAAGCACUGGAAGCCAUGAAAAAUAAGCAGAAAUCUGUUACUACCAAGGACAGCGCAAAGACUACCUUCACUUCCAUCACUACCAAUACCAUCAAUACCAGCUCUGACAAAACAGACGCUACCACAGGGACACCAGCAAUAUCAACAACGACAACCGUGGAAAUCCGGAAGAGCAGUGUUAUGACAACUGAGAUCACCUCUAAAGUGGAGAAAAUCCCCACGACAGCCACUAGCAGCACCGCUUGCCCUUCCAUUGAAACUGAGGAAGAAAAAGCAAAAAGACUGCUGUACUGUUCACUAUGCAAAGUCGCUGUCAACUCUGCCUCACAGCUGGAGGCGCACAACAGUGGGACUAAGCACAAAACUAUGCUGGAAGCUCGGAAUGGAAGUGGAACCAUAAAAGCCUUUCCCCGGGCAGGCGUAAAAGGCAAAGGACCUGUGAAUAAAGGAAACACAGGCCUUCAGAACAAAACAUUUCACUGUGAAAUAUGUGAUGUGCACGUAAACUCUGAGACACAACUGAAACAGCACAUAAGCAGUAGAAGGCACAAAGACAGAGCUGCUGGGAAGCCACCUAAACCUAAAUACAGCCCUUACAACAAGCUCCAAAAGGGAACACAUCCUCUAGGGGUAAAAUUAGUAUUUUCAAAGGAAGCUUCAAAGCCGAUGGCUCCACGAAUCUUACCAAAUCCGCUAGCAGCUGCAGCAGCAGCUGCUGCUGUGGCUGUGAAUUCCCCCUUCAGUCUUCGCACAGCCCCAGCAGCCACCCUUUUCCAGACUUCAGCACUUCCUCCAGCACUCCUACGACCAGCUCCUGGGCCUAUACGGACCACCCAUACUCCUGUGCUGUUUGCUCCUUACUGAACUCCAAACAGGAAAUAAUUGUACUGCAAUAAUUUUUCAAAACAAAACAAACAAAAAAAAUGAAAAUCAAGAACAUUGAACUAUGCAGUGUUUAUUUAUAGUUUAAAGUAUAUAUGAAGAGCCAGAACUUUUGAUAGAGAACUGAACAAAUUCUGAAAGGGGGAAUGGGCAGUAUUUUCUCCAGAUGAGAACAUUCCUCUUGAGCAUUGAUCAUUUUAGAACUGAUCUCCAGCAUUGACUUGUAGUGACAUAUAAAGCCUUUUGACUGUGCAUUUUGCCACAUAUUUCCCUGCAAUGUCUUUCCUGCUUUAUGAAGCAACUUACAAAUUUGUCUAAAGGGCAUUAACUGGUUCCAAUGUAUAUAAAAUACUUUAUUCUGUAGAUUAAAGAAGAAGGAAAAAAAAGAAACACUGUGAAUAGUAGUACCCUUACCAAUCCUCCUGCCAAGUCAGCAGGUACUGGGUAUUUAUCUGAACAACAGUAGAUACAAUAGACGUCUUGUAAAACAGUAGUAUUGUGUCUCUAUCUAUGCCACUAGGUUUCUAACUGAGUUGCAAAAGAUAAAAUGAACAAAUUAUGUCACUUUGGUAAGUAGUCAAAAAUGAUGACAGUGAUGUGGAGCUGUUCCUGGUGAGCAAAAAUUGUUUUCCUUGCCUGUAGCAGAAUGGGCAAGAAGAUAAUCUAGGUUAGGUAAAAGAAAGUGAUAAAGAAGAUCUAGUGGGGGAAAAAUAAUUAGGAUACUGUACACAGAAUGGAUCGAACAUUUAUUUAACUGAGAACGUAUGUGUACAGUGUGUGUUUAUUCAAAAAGUGUAAUACAUACAGAAUACAUCAAUGUUUAAGACAUGCCAGUGGACAGCAAAAAAUACACUCUUGUCAUGAAACAGGCCUGACACUUCAGUGUUGAGCAGAGGGAAGACACAAAUGGGUUACACAUAGUCAUAACUAACUAAUGAAAAACAGGAGAGAAACUCUGGCCUCGUUUAAGUCGGCAUAAAGUUCUUUCUGACUGCAAUGUAGCCAGAAUUUCAUCACAAGAAUGGCACAUAUUCUUUUUAUAUCACACCAGUGGGAGUGUCUGUAGAUACAGGUAAUAUUUUUUGCAAUAGGCUUAGUCUUAGAAACAGAUUUAUUCUCUUGUAUUAUUUCCUACUGAUGUGAUAUAAAAUGUUUAAUAUACCUAUAAAAUGUAAACAGUGACACAUGAGAUACAUAUUACGAGAUAACGGCACAUCAUGGGUUUGGAACAAAUGCAACCUUUAGGAUCUGAAGGGACCCUUGAAUUCUGUAGCUGACCGUUAUGUAUGGACAGCUUAAAGCCUUAUAUAUUUACUGUGAGGCUUAAAGGGGUUGACUGUGUCCCUUUAAAGUAAGAUUUAUCAGGGGUAUAUAUAGAUAUAUUGUAUAUAUGUUAGAGUAAGAAAAAUAACUUAUAAACAGAAAAUCUACUAUAUAAAAUAAUUAUAUAACCAUUGAGUUUCACAUGUGGGUCAUUAAGUGGUAAGUAACAAACAGCAGAGAAAAAAAUAGACUUCUUGAAUCUGAUUCUUGCUGCCUGCUUUUUCCCAUAGGGAGCUGAAAAGUAUCUAUUAAUAUUAUGGAGUGCGCUGCUGAGUCACGUGCGACCACUCUGAUGUGUAGCUAAGUGAAAUGCCUACCAUACAUUUAGGCAGAAUAAAAUUUAAAAACAUAAUUUAAGUUUAAAUGUGGAAAUUAUUCGAAAGACUUUAUUAAAAGGCAGUAAUGCAAAAUAUUGACCGUGUGGUUGCUGUAUAAUGCUGCCUGUGGUUAAUAUGGACAGGUGGGAGUAUAGAGGAUGGGAAUAUACAGCACUUUUGACUUGCAGUUCAUCAGUGAGCCUUCCAUAUACAUUCGUAUUUGCCAUUUUUUAAACCUCUCCGCAUUUAGAUUUUAUAAAAAAAUAUAUAAAGAGAGAGAAAGAAGAGGUUCCAUGGAUGUCUGUGUCCAAAGAAUUCCAAAGAGAUGCAUUUAUUUAUCUAGAAGUAUUAAAAUAAGUUCUAUAUUAUGUAUUUGUAUUUCAUCCAGUUUCUUUGCAAACGUUUGUGCCUUGAAAUGAAAUGGGCUUUUGUUUAUAUUUAAUUCACAACUAUGUAGCCAUGAAAAAGAUGUGAUGGUGUUUUCAGGGCUGAUUACCAGCUGGAUUGCUUUGGCCCAACUUCCAAAACAACAGUAUGAGUAAGUUCCUGAAGCCAAGUUUAGACAUCUAAAAAACUAGGGGCUGACAUUUAAAAGGGCUCUCUACUCUACAGCUCCCAGUAAAGACAUAGUAAAUAAGCCAGCCUUCUAGACCUGCUCCUAGCACUCAAUUUAGAAAAUGUUUCAUUUUAUUUGGGUAUAUAAUAUAUUAAGGUUGGACUCCAUUUUGCAAAAUCUGGGACUAGGUCUUUUAAGCCUGCUUUCAAACUUCCAUCUUUUUGCAGAAGCUGUAGUGCCAAUGCCAGCUGUGUUCAGAUUCCUCCUUGAAUAGGGAACCAGUUUCCAAGGUGUGCUCCGUGAACCACCAUUUAUCUCCAGAGACUUUUGUAAGAGCCUGUGUAAGAGCUUGCUAAAGGAGCAGAGGAGGACUCAUAUUUUGGGAAAGGAGAAGAUCUGGUCAGGCUAUCUUUUCCCCAUGAGAAAGCAUGCAGAUGGGAAAACAGGAGAUCUACAAAUAUCCUGUAGGCUUUUCUAUGCAUAGCCUUCUGGUGCAUGGACAGCUGCUGUACAUUCUGCGAUGUUGUUGUGAUGCCAUCAAAAUCAACAGGCUGAUCCUUGCCAAAAUGUGGCCUGUGGCAUGUAUGGAGGCACAGUACUAGGGGCAGAGUUAAUACAAAUUUUGCUAGAAAUAAAAGAGUGUCAUUCCAACUACUUACAUCAGCUAAUUUGCAAUGACACCUUCAGUAUUCUUGGACCUCUUUUGUCACAGUGCUCUAUGGAACAAGUUUUUGUUCACACAAACCUCUUUUAAAUUUCAGCUGUAAACAAACUCAAUUCUUUUUAUGUCUCUUACUCACUACCUAAUAAAGGAUAAAGCCUAAAUGUUAGAAUGUAUAGUGGAUUUUCUAUGCCUUGCUGUUCCUCCCUUGUCUUGGUCAGUAACAAUCCAAUGUCCCCAGACAUCAGCACAACAGUUUUAUUAAAUAUAUCUGUCAAGGAAAACACCGGCACAGCAAUCUGAUGGGACAAGGAGAGCUUCUGGUCAAGGGUAUGUCCAGAGCAGAUGACAGUGAAGGUAAAACAGAAGACACUUUACACCUACUUGUCAAUACAUCCAAUAUGGAGAGUAUUAUAAAAGAACAAAAAGAGACAUCAUAUUUCAUAUUACAGUAACACUCCAGGGCCAAGAGGAAGCCUAAAGAACAAGGAAACAGAUCAUUUCAUCGAAGACACAGUCACUCACUGGAAUUACAGUUUGAAAUCAGCCUGCGGGGAAAUGCCUGGGUAUGAACUCAGAAAAACAAACAGGUUCAGGGAUGUUUUCUUAAAUUCUAUUCAAAGUGUUAAAAAAUGACUAUUCUGUUCUGAUCCAAAGAGAUGGUAUUUUUGUGGGAGGGAGAUAUAUAUAUAUUUAUAUUUUUAUGCUAUCUGAAUUUUUCCAACUAUCUCUGGCUUCAAACUUCUGUUCUGAAGGAUCAUUAUUGCUCUGAACCAUGAAAUUAGUUACCUUCUUGAAAGCUGCUGUAAAAGCUGAUGUGAGAGGACAGUAAGCAAAUGGUAUAAAUAUGAUGAUCUAAAAUGAAAAAAAAUGAACUGGCCAUGUCAAGGAAUAUUGUAUUUGAAAAGUAUACAUCUUUAUUUUAGAAUAAAUUAUAUAAAAUUAUUUAAAAAAAGAAUAGCUAAAUAAAGUUAAUAUAAUUAGAA